AUGGAUUCCGAAUCAUACAAUUCACAGUCAAACUCAAAGCGAGGAUCAACCGGAGCCCGAACCCCUAUCAGUAAAUGGUUCGAAGAUUCGCAUCAAGGUGAUAUUAUUUAUGAAAAUAACCACAGAGGUCCGACAGCUCAUUUGACACAUCGAACACCUCUAUAUAGAGGUGGAAACUUAGACCGUGGCCGUAGUAGUAAUCGCAGUAGUGGUUCUGGGCUUCUAGAGAGUUUCAGAUCGAAGGGGAGCCAGUCCGCCCCUCGUGGUGGACAACAAACUGCGCCACACAACCCGCCGCAAGUAAAUCGAGAUCCCUGGCAACAAGCCCAUAUGGAGGCACGAAUCAGAUUUGGUCCGAUUGAACAGCAAUAUAGCCCGAGUAAUGUGCUACCACCACCAUCUGGAUUUCCACAAGCUCAUCGGCGUCAAAACGCACCUUCUCGCCAAUUGAACUCAACCAAACGUGGAAAUGAGUCUCAGGACCCUUUUUCAAUUCGAAAAAAGCUUAAUCGAUCGGGCUCACCAAAUAGGCCACGCGAGAAAUUGGUUUGCGCAGCUUGCGGGGGACUCGGGCACGAAUUAAAGAAAUGCGCGGAAUCGAUUGACUAUCAUGCUUUUUUGUUGGGAUGUCCUCGAUGUCAGACUGUUGAUCAUCCACAUGAGCUCUGUACAAAUUCGAAGAAGAGAGCUGGCGGAGAUUUGCUUUAUCGCUUAAAGAUGCGCAACAACAAGCCUCCCUUGGCACAUUCGCAAGAUAUUCGCGAAAUGCCCGAAUUUUGGCAGAAGGACUAUAGACCAUGGACACCCGAUGCUCCGCUUUAUGCUUAA